AGCCGGGCGGGCGCACAGGGCUCCCCGCAACUCUCCACACACGUCGGUGCUUAUCCAAUCGUGUGAUGGGUCUUCUGUCUGCCUUGGGCAUUUUUCAAGCGCCCGAGGCUGUUUUAGAACGCCAGUUGCAGGCAAAUCCCUACCAUCCCUUCCACCUUGCCUCCAGCGAAGGAGAAGACGAAAAUAAAGUGUUUGUCUACACAUCUCGACACUCUUGGUUCUACCUUUACCUCGCAGUGGCCAUUGCAUCGUUCCUCUUUGUCAUUAUCUGGCCAUCAGCAGGCAAUGACAGUGAGUAUGUUGUGUUUGGUGUGGCAGUGUUCUUCCUGGCCCUCUACCUGGUCCUGGAGACGUGGCCACAGUGGAGUAUAGUCCUGGAGCCAGCCUCCCACCACUACUCCGUCUACCACGGGUCCCAUCUAACUGUCUCCCAACACUGCCACAACAUCUAUGUCAGACUGGUCUGCGAGAAGACCAGUUCAAGAAGCCCUCACUAUCAGCUGGUGCUGGAUGGCUGGGGACUGGAGGCUACCAUUCAUCUCACCAGGAAAACAACAAACAGGAAGAAGCUAAGACAUUUGGCACACGAACUGACAGCCAAUCUUCAAAUCAACUACUUUGAUUCCCACAACUCUUCCAAACACCACAUAAUCCGGCACACCAGGCCAUUCACAGGCAGUGUAAAACCACCAGAGACAGAAAUCCACGAGGAUUUCUCCAUCUCUCGCUGUGCGGCCACCAACUUCUCUGAGACAUGUGCCUCCAUCAUCUUGUCUCUACAGAGCCAAAACCUCUGAAUGAGGACCUUUGAAGGAGACCUCUCUACAACGGAUAGUUUGUUCUGUCCAAUACCAGUGUAGAAUUAGGGACAUCUCUCUGAACAUUCAAAUGUCCUCAAGGUUUCAGAAUUUCGUCAACUUCAAAACUCUAAAAUAGGACCUAUGUACAUAGCUACAUACCAUGCUAGCCAAGAAUACACAAGUAGAUGAUUUCCACUCGCCUUCCCUUGUGUCUGGCAAACUGUGCCUGCAGAGACUGUCUCCUCUUCCCUACGGACUUGAUGUCCUCUUGAACUGUGAACAACUGUACAUUCAGGUUUCCUGACUUGGGCUUUGACACAGACUGACUCUUGGCCUGUGAGUCUUUCUUCUGCAGCUUAGCAUUCAGGAAAUCAAAGACAUUAACUCUCUUUUCCUGU